AUGAGUGGGCGGGCCCGCGUGAGAGCACGAGGUAUCACGCGGAGCCCCAGCGCCACUGAAGUGGGGCGCACGCGGGACUCGCCUUCGCCUACACCUGUUGAUCUGAGUGACAGCGAGGCAUCCUGUAGCAGUGGCUACGCGGGAUCAAGCAGCACUUCACAGAAAUACGACCUGUCUUCUGGUGAUGCUGAAUAUACUUUCACGGAAAGAGGUGGGAAAAUCAGACGAGACUUCCUGGAUUUGAGUAUCUGUACCAGAGGGAAAUUGACACAUGUGAGAGAUUGUAAAACAGGUUCCAGUGGAAUACCUGUGAAACUGGUCACGAAUCUCUUUAAUUUAGAUUUGCCCCAGGAUUGGCAGCUAUACCAGUAUCAUGUGACAUUUAUUCCAGAUUUAGCAUCUAGAAGGCUGAGAAUCACUUUGCUUUAUAGUCAUAGUAAACUUUCCAACAAAGCAAAAGCAUUUGAUGGUGUCAUCCUUUUUCUCUCACAAAAGCUAGAAGAAAAGGUCACAGAACUGUCAAGUGAGACUCAAAGAGGUGAGACUGUAAAGAUUACUAUCACUCUGACAAGGGAGCUGCCGAAAUCUUCCCCUGUGUGCAUCCAGGUUUUCAAUAUCAUCUUCAAAAAGAUCUUAAAAAGGUUGUCCAUGUACCAGAUUGGACGGAACUUCUAUAAUCCUUCAGAGCCAGUGGAAAUUCCCCAGCACAAAUUGUCCCUUUGGCCUGGAUUUGCCUUUUCGGUGUCACAGUUUGAGAGCAGACUACUGUUUAGUGCUGAUGUGAGUUAUAAAGUCCUCCGGAAUGAGACUGUUCUGGAAUUCAUGACUGAUCUCUGCCACAGAACUGGGACGUCCUUCUUCACCCAGAAGUGUGAGGAACAGCUGAUAGGGUUCAUAGUCCUCACAAGAUACAAUAACAAAACCUAUCGCAUUGAUGACAUUGACUGGUCAGUGAAGCCCACGCACACCUUUCAGAAGCGGGAUGGCACUGAGAUCACCUAUGUGGAUUACUAUCAGCAGCAAUAUGAUAUUACUUUGUCUGACCUGAAUCAGCCAGUGCUUGUUAGUCUGUUGAAAAACAGGAGAAAUGACAGCGCUGAGCCUCGGAUUGCCCACCUCAUACCUGAGCUCUGUUUUCUGACAGGGUUGACUGGCCAGGCAACCUCUGAUUUCCAACUGAUGAAGGCUCUGGCUGAAGAAACGCGUCUCAGCCCUUUGGGCAGGCAGCAGCGCCUGGCCAGGCUUGCUGACAAUAUCCAGAGAAACAAGGAUGCUCGUUUUGAGCUAGAGACUUGGGGGCUACAUUUUGGAUGCCAGAUGUCUCUGACUGGACGUGUUGUGCCUUCAGAAAAAAUAAUAAUGCAAGACCACAUCUGUCAACCAAUGUCUCCUGCUGAUUGGUCCAAGGAUAUGCGAACUUGCAAGAUUUUAAGUGCCCAGUCUUUGAAUAAAUGGUUAAUUAUUUGUAGUAACAGAGCUGAAAAUGUGAACGAGAGCUUUCUGAACUGCUUGAGAAGAGUUGGAAGUUCCAUGGGAUUCAAUGUGGGCUACCCCAAAAUCAUAAAAGUACAAGAAAAUCCAGCUGCUUUCCUUAGAGCUAUACAGCAACAUGUUGAACCUGAUGUUCAGCUGGUGAUGUGUAUUCUGCCUUCCAUUCAGAAGAGCUAUUAUGAUUCCAUUAAAAAGUAUUUGAGCUGGGACUGCCCAGUCCCGAGCCAGUGUGUGCUUGUUCGGACCCUAAACAAACAAGGAAUGAUGAUGAGUAUUGCCACCAAGAUUGCCAUGCAGAUGACCUGUAAACUCGGAGGCGAGCUGUGGGCUGUAGAGAUACCUUUAAAGUCCCUGAUGGUGGUUGGUAUCGACAUCUGUAAGGAUACACUCAACAAGUCAAUGGUGGUGGUUGGAUUUGUAGCCAGUGUUAAUCCCAGAAUCACCAGGUGGUUUUCCCGCUGUAUCCUCCAGAGAACGAUGACUGAUAUUGCAGAUUGCUUAAAAGUUUUCAUGAUUGGAGCACUGAAAAAAUGGUACAAUUACAACCAUGGCUUGCCAGCACGAAUAGUUGUGUACCGUGAUGGUGUGGGGGAUGGUCAGCUAAAAACAAUUCUUGAAUAUGAAAUUCCACAGCUGCUGAACAGUGUGACAGAAUCCAGCUCAAAUGCCAGCUCCAAGCUGUCGGUGAUUGUGGUCAGGAAGAAGUGCAUGCCACGAUUCUUUACAGAAAGGAACCACACCUUACAGAACCCACCACUGGGCACUGUCGUGGAUUCAGAAGCAACACGUCCUGACUGGUAUGACUUUUACUUGAUCAGCCAAGUUGCCAAAGAAGGAACCAUUAAUCCCACGUACUAUAAUGUCAUCUAUGACGACAAUGGCUUGAAGCCAGACCACAUGCAAAGACUCACCUUCAAAUUGUGCCACCUGUACUACAACUGGCCGGGUUUGAUCAGUAUCCCAGCUCCGUGUCAGUAUGCACACAAGCUGACCUUCCUGGUGGCACAAAGCAUCCAUAAAGAACCAAGCUUGGAAUUAGCCAACUCUCUCUUCUACCUGUGA